CCUGAUGUUCCUGUUUAUGAACAAGCUUUGUUUGGCACUUUGUGUGGGAAUUUGAAAGCAAUGCUGUCCUCUUGUCACACUUGGGAAGAUUAUCUUUGGAGUUACUUUAAGUCAUCUCUUGACAAACUUAUUGAGCAAGAAAUAAGAGACAAUACACAAUCUGAAAGAACUUUAGAAGAUAUGCCUGUUGACUACUGGGAUAAAAUAUUGGAUGUUGAAGAAAUAUUUCAAGAACUUGAAUCAAAUCAGUCUGAGGAAAUACAAAGUGGAAGCAAAUCAGUUCUCCACAUCAUACAGAAGUACAUUAUUUUAGGAAAUCUUGAUGGGCUUAUUGAAGAAAUGUACAGUUGGCUUAGUAAAAGAAAGUUGGAUGCUCAUGUAUUGAGAGUCAUGGUUCAUUUAAUUCUUUUUUUGAGAAUUAUUGGACAAUGUUCUAAAGACGAGUUAUGUGUUCCAAUUUUAGAAGCAUAUGUCAAAGAAUUAAUCAGAGCAAACAAAGUCUCCCUUGUUGCUCUUUAUACUUCAACUCUUCCUAAAGAACAACAAAUUAUAUGGUAUGCAAAAUUUUUAGAAGGCAUAAAAAAUAAUGUUGAAAGACAAAGAUGUUUACAGUAUGCUGAUGAAGCUGGAUUGGAUAUUCCUCAAAUUACCAAAAGAGUUGUAAAGAAUGUCCGUGAGAAAGAACCAGAGAAAUCUGAAAGUCAUACGGAUUUAUCUGCAAUCACAACAAAGGAUGAUGAGGAGAAAAUACAAGCUAUUGAUUGGCUGAUAUUUGAUCCAACACAGCGAGCUGAAGCUGUAAAGCAAGCAAAUGCUCUAAUGAGAUUGUUUAUUGCCCAAAGAAAAAUUGAAGCAGCAAAGCAACUAUUUGGAAAAAUACCCUCCGAUUCUCUUGCCAUUAUGAUGCAGUUAUCUAAAACUAAAGGAAUGGAUGAAUUGUCAGCUGAAGAUGAUAAUGCAGCACGAGAAUACUUAUGUUUCAAAGCAUAUUUGGAAGCAAUGGAUGCUUUCAAUGAAUGGUUUCACCAUUCAAUUCAUUCUAAGCCCAAAGAACCAGUCUCUCCUAGUGGUGAAAGUGUUACCUUCAAAGAGAAAGUUGCUCAUGAGCAUGAAAUGCAACAAUAUGAACGAGAUCUAGAAAGGUGGCAUGAAGUUGUAGCUAUGCUGGGAAAGACAGCAUCUGAGUGCCUGUACAAUGUGUUGCUCUUUGUCGAUGGAGGUUGGAUGGUAGAUCAAAGAGGGGAGGAUACAAUCAAUGAAAAUCGCCAAAAGCAAUUAUCGCAGCUUCGUCAGUUGUGUCUCCCUCAUGUCACUCGUCUGUUACAAGAUCUUCUUCUAAGUGAAAACAUGUACAAAGAAACUAUUCAGUUAGCCGACAUCAUAUCUUCCGAACGAUAUCAUUUGUUUAAGGAGUUCACUCCAGAUGAUAUUGAAAACUUUUUAAGAGUCUCCUUGGAUGCAUCAUUUGCUUUACUGGAUAAAAAUUUGGAUCCUCUUGGGUAUAAAUAUCAAGAAGAAAAGUGAAAUUGUAUUUAAAAUAUUAAUUUUGUUCGUCUUUCAAUUUGUGAACUAAAGAACUUUUUAUUAA